GAGCGCUAGCAGGCGUGCCCUCAGAUCCAGGCCGUGGUGCUGACGGUCGGGCCUGCAGGUGCCUCUGUCGGCCCCACCUGCCUCCCCUCACACGGAAGAGCAGCCGCAGCUCAGCAGCGCCAGCAUUCCUGAGCACGGCAGGGCGCCCAGCACGCCCUGACCACCAGCGCUCACUUCAUUUCAGAGAUCAUUUUCGGUUUGCACUCCUCUCAGCUGCUCUCUGGACUCUGGCGUGGUGUCCUGUGAAACGCGACGACAUGACGGCGUGGAGGAGCUCGAGCUUCGUCAGCGGAGUAGCGCUGUGCGCUGCGGUGCUUUCCCUGAUUCACUGUGAUGUCUCCAAACACACCACCAACUCACCAUCACCUGCACUGGAGAGGAGUCAGCAUGGGGAUUUUGUGCAGUUCGAUUCGGCCCCUGAUACAGCUGUGGUGGAAUCCAGUGUGCAGGUGAAUUACAAAUGUACCAAAGCCUGUAGAGUAGGGGUUGAAGUUGUUCUGUCCACUCCACGCACCAUUGGAUUUGUGAGCUUCAGGAGAACAUGGACCCAUGUCACGAAGGUUGGAGAGACAAGGACAAGAACGAUUGAGCUUGCAUUUCCUCCAGCUUUGGUAUACAAAAGAGACUUUUUCAUGAGGGGGCCCAUGGAUGCCCACAAUGUGAUGGUCAGGGCCUGGCUGGUUCAUCUGGAUGAAGAUGGAGACGGUAGCAGUAAAGUUGGAAUUGGUCAAUAUCAUCAAUCCCUCGUCAGAACAUUUAAGUUCCUGCAGGUGGUCCCACUUUCUGAGCGUCCCGCCCAACCACGGACCAGAUCAGUGGCGUGGGGGGCCGAGUUAAUGUGGAAUGUGACCAAAGACAGAAUAGAGCAAUGCUCUCCAGAGUCAGACGUCGUGGAUCUGCUGGUGUUCCCCUUUGCAAGCACUGGAGAGAAAUAUGGAGUCAUCCGUACGUUUUCCACCUUCAUCAACAGAGAGCUGGAGACUGCCCGCUUACGUGCUAAAGAACAGCCCAGAUUGGCCCUGUCGGUGUGGUUGUACCUGCUGGACUGGUGCAACCAAAAGUUCUGCGCAAUCCUCAGACACGUGAAUGAGCACAGGAAAUAUGGCGCGCCUCUCAUAAUGCUGAAAGACUCAGGUGAGGUGGUGGUGCAGAUGUGUUUGGUCUCCGGAGAGGAAAAAGCGUUCACAGCUCACAGUCUUCUGCCCCUGCGGACCUGGAUCCGGCUGGACCUCUUCAUCAACGACUCAAAGGCAAAACUCAAAAUUACAUAUGAAAAGCCCACAGGAGAUGUGAUGGAGGCACAACACACAUAUGAGUAUCAGAACUCUGUUCUGCAUAAUGACACUUCAGGAUACUUUGUGAUUGGUGGUGACAUCUACAUGCCAGGCAUUCUUGGCUAUUUUGGACCAAUCAGAUAUCAUCGUUUAGGUGCUGAACAGGUGGUGAAUCCUCUGUCUCCUGCGAGGACCCUAAAGCUGUUGGACGAAGCCCACACAGAGUGUGAGGAGAUGAGAUGGGUCACUUCAGGCUUUCUAUACGCUCUACAAGACGGCCGAGUCAGACACAACAAUGAUGUGUGCGAGUCGUAUUAUGAGGGGCUAAGGAGGACGUUUGCUCAGCCGAGAUGCACACAGACGUGGUCCUGGGAUCAGCAGGUCAAAUACGGCGCUGCACUGAAGAUUCUAAGGACGCAGGAAGAAGAACUGAACUCAGGCCUGUGGAGCAGCAGAAGAAUUUUGCUCUUGAGUCAGCAGCUCUUCCAGGAUGUGGUCAGGGGGUUAAGUGAAGUAGGAGGCGUUGGUGUUGGUCCAGAGGUUGUGUCUUCUCUUUUGGAGCUGUUGCAGGUGUGCUCCUGCUGGGGUCAUCACCAGGCCUCCCUCAUGCUCGCCACUUUACACCUAGCUGGCCUCGGGCUGCCAGUGGACCAGGAGAAGGGUCAUGUCUACAGCCUGAUGGGAGGUUUAAGAGAUGAGCGUCUGUCUCUGCUUCAUCUGGGUUAUAAGCACAUGCAGGGUCUGGAUGGCUUUCCUAAGGACCAGGACGUUGCGUAUGGUUACUACGCCAACGUGGGCCGACAGACCAGCAUCGAUCGAGAUAAAAUCCAGGACUCUGAGCAAUCCAUCACUGAACAUGUGCGUGUGACAAAUGCGGAGGAGCUGCAGAUGCAGGCGGGGGAGGAGGGGGAUGUUGUGCAGUUCCUUAGACUGCAGGCUGAGAGGGGACACAUCGAGUCUCAGAAAACACUGGCGCGGAUGUUGUUCUGGGGCAGUAAUGGUGUGACGAAGAACAUCAGCGAAGCAGUGAAGUGGCAUGCUAGGAGUGCCCUGGAGAUGACCGACGCUACAGCCAUGUACGACUAUGGUAUCCUCCUGCUGAAGGGAACUGGAGUGAAGAAGAACCGAACACUGGGAUUAAAGCUCUUGCAGACGGCAGCUGACAUGGGUGCCGUGACUGCUCUGAAUGGCCUGGGUUGGUACUACAGCACUACAGGGAAAGAUGACAGAAAAGCCGUGUAUUACUUUGACCUGGCAGCUCAAAAUGGCAGCAAGGAUGGGGUGUUCAACCUGGGCGUUUAUCACCUGAAUGGGGCCAAUCCAGACACACCUGGGAAGAAUGAGACUGCAGCAUUUCAGUGUUUCCUGAAGGCUGGUCAGCUGGGGCAUGUGGAGGGGGCAGUGGAGGCUGCGUCGUCUCUCUCCAGAGGACUGCUGGCAGGAGUUCGCAGAGACCCUGAGAAAGCUGUGAUUCUACUGAAGGAGGUCAGUGAAAGGAAUGGCCACCUGGGCUACACAGUCCGAGAAGCUCUGAAAGCUUAUCAACGAGGAUCAUGGGAUGAGGCUCUUCUCAAAUACGCCAUGUUAGCAGAGACUGGUCUUGUUGUGGCGCAGAACAAUGCUGCCCACCUAUGUGAGGUACUGAAGCACGGCACUUCCUGCCAGUGGAGGUAUCAUAACUACUCCACCUAUAACUACGCUCCUCAUGAAUCUGGUCUUCUGAAGAUGGGAGAUCACUACAGUGCUGUAGGUGACAUGGUCAAGGCUAUAGCCCUCUAUAGCAGAGCAGCGCUGCAGGGCAGUCCUCAGGGAAUAUAUAAUCUAGCAGUUUUCACUGAAGAAGGAUACAGCAUCCCUUGGAACGUUCUGGCGCAGAUGCAGAUUCCAGCUGAGGCUCAGCUGAACAAGAGAGCUGUGGUGGAGAUUCUCUUGCUAAGAUGCAGGGAGUUUGAAGGAGAAAAGGAUGACAUGAGUCCAUGCGCUCUGGCUCUGUUUGGGGUGCAGGUGAGAAAAGCCUGGUGGGAUUUCACUCACAGCACCAUGCAGCUGACCCUGGCCUGGUGGACCCUCGCAGUUCUCCUCCUGUUUGUGCUGGGCAUUGGGAUACAAAGCGCUCUCUCCUACUGCUCUGCAGCUCACAUGGGCAGACUUUCUAACGGAUCAUCAGAGAGGCAAAGGGAAUCAGAUGCUGCCAAUCAGGUGAACUGGGAAAGAGUAUUAGAUGCAGCUGCCCAUCAAAGAGGACGUCAAGUUCCCUCAGUUCUCACUCAUUUAGAACAGAAUGGCCGAUCCAGUAUGAUCCAGAACGGCCGACCACUGCGGGAAGCAGCUGACCUGGUGAUUAUGGUGACUGGAGUCUAUGUGUGCGCCCUCUGCACCAUGUUUAUCUCUCAUCUGUUUUAAAUGAAGGGGACACACAAUGGUGUUAAACUACAGAAGAAAACAGUCCUAUGAACGUGAGGAGACAAUGGGUGGGGGCAAUGGACAUUCAUCUUUUAUGCACAGAUGCUCUUAAAAUAAUUCCUUGUUGCAGUGCCAUAGAAGAACCACUUUUGGUUCCCUAAAGAGCCUCUCGUUGGAUACAUUUUUGAAUGUUUAGAAUCUUAAAAACCUAUUUUUGUAAAUGAGAUACAUAAGUGUGCAGAACUUUUGAAAAGUUUGAAGAGGCUUCACAAAAUGUGAACGUUUUAUACUAAAACUAAGGUUUUUUUCUUAGAACCGUGCGUCCAAGCCAAGAACUACUUGGGAGCCAUUAUAUUUUUAAGACCAAGACUGAUGACAUUGCCUUUACAGACAUAUGCUCUGUGCGUUUGCCAAAAAUUUUACACCAUAUUAUUGUUAUUUUAGUAUUUCUGCCCAUUAUAGCUUUGGCUGAUUCCCACCCACUAGUUAGGUCUGCCCCCACCGCACAGUGUUACUAAGCUGGGAGAAUGAAGACCAGCACUAGCGUCCUCUGAGACAUCUGAAGCAUCUUUUCAAACUGCCACUCAACUCACUUGGAGGAGAACGGUAACAGUUAAUUCAGUUAUCAGCUAACAGGCACCCACUUUUGCUCACUCCAUUCAAAGUGAUGGGGGAGAGAAAGAACGGGGGGGCCAUGCUAUCUCCAGUUCUCUUCGACUCUCUGAUGACUGGCAUCACCGGAGGGCAGAUUCCCACAAUGGCACCAGUGCUUAGAUGUUUACGCCACUUGGAAUUUAUUUUGCCUGCAAUCUGGAUUACAUAAUGAUGCCAUUCUUUAAUCUGAAAAUUAGGCAUUUUAAUAUUGUCACAUCAUUUUCAUUUGUGCUGAUUUGAACACAAUACUGCAGUUUCAGCUCUGGCCAGUAGGGGGGUGCAGUUUUCUGCCUAUACUCAAUAGCCUAGUGCUCAUCAAAUCCACUCUAGGAAAGAGACAGCAAUGCACCGUUUAAUGCUUUCCUGCUCUCCCACCCCUGAAAUACAAUCACAGCUAAUUAACAAAGCCUUCCUAAAUUCAGUCAGUUGUGUUGGAGCAAGUAAACAUUGAACUGUGCUGUGGACCUACUGAUGUUAAUUUGAGUAUUACAGCAUUAGACCCUGACUUCAAAAUGUAUUGUUGAGGUGUAGUUUGGUCUAAAAAUCACCCAAACAUGCACCAAAUCGUUUACAUCUUUUUUUUUUAAAGUGAAUGUUGUACUGUUCAAUUCUAAGGUAUACAGUUGAUGAAGAUCAAGGAGGGAUUUGUCCACUGAUUCUCUAAAUGAUCAUUUAGAAGCAGAAAUAAAAACAUGGGGAUGAACACAUUA